AUGAUGAAACACCAAAAAUUUUUCUCCGCCUGUAUCCCAGCUAAACUUAAAUCAACUGCCAUCCCAUUCCCAGCUCAAUGUCACCACCACAUCGGAAAGGCACCUGGUUGGUCCUCAACACCACUCACCUCAAAAUUACCCACUGCAACCUUACAAGAUUACCAGCCAACCUUAUAUAGGAAAAAAAUACCACGGACUACCGUCACACCCCAAUCUGCCCAAACCAGACAUCAAUGGAAUGUCGUUGGUAUAUUCUCCUGGCGGCAAGGAUUACAUCAAAGUGAAGCGGCAACUUCAACUACAGCAGACAAAAGUGGGCCUCAUGCCAUCAAAUGUGCUCGUGCAAACCAAGGCAAAACCACAGCUAAACAUAAAAAGUGGAGACAUGUUGGUUGUAAACUACUCUAUCGCAAAUCAAUUCCAACAGCUGAACCACCCCAAAAUGUACUAAGUACCAAUCAGCCUGACACUCCAAACCAGCCACCCUCCUACAACCGUAUGACUUCCCCUGCUGACUUACCAACUGCUAAACAGCCGCGGGUCAUACCUCAAUGCUCUCAGAGUCUGCAUCAAGUCGGAAGCACUCUCCCAGAUGAUGUCUUUCUGGCAAUUGAAAGAGCUCAACAGGCCCAGGUCAAAGCUCUCAAGAGAGCAAAACCUCCUACCAAUGAAGGCACAGUGAUCAGCCUCCACCUGGUAACCAAAGAAGACCAACACAUUCCUUUCACACCUGGCCUGUGGCCGCUUUGGGCGACUGACCAUCCCUGCUGCGCCAGGCCAAAGAUGCUGUUGGGCCCAAGUGGGAUGACUGUAUCCUUGUCUGGGACAAAGAGAUACAAAAUUGGCCAACGGUCCGCACUCACGCAGGAGCUCCAGGAUGUGUUAGAAGGCUGGGGUUGGGCAAACCAAAGGUGCCAACUAUCUCAAAGGCAGUUGAAAUCACAACCGAGCCAGUCAUCAAAAAUCUUGAUGAAGACUAACUUAUUGGCAACAUUACCCCCAAAGGCAACUCUUCACCCAAUUGGUAUGGGUCCUCUCUGGAUCCCAUCUGUCUUCUUGACAACUUGGACUACAAAUGCAGCUCCAAUACCUCCAAGAAGACAAUAUCACCAAAGCCGUCAUCAUCUUCAGCAAACCUCCCCUCCACCCCAAUUUCCCAACUUGACCCAAGUUUACUUGCCGACCAAGAAGAUAAGUAAAACCCUUCCUGCCCAUCUUAGAUAA